AUGGCACCACCGGGUCACACGGCGACGGUGCCAGAGAUUCCGGGCCGCAAGGUCGACAACCCGCUCCAGCUCGACUUCCUGCGCGACCACGUCCGCAACCUCUGCCGCCUCAGCCACUCGCGCUUCCCCGGCGCACAGCCCGUCUCGUUUGACAAGGACUCGAUCGACCUCCUCACAAAGGAAGACUACUGGGUAUGCGAAAAGUCGGACGGAGUCAGGGUCCUCAUCCUCAUCGUCAUCCCCUCUGGCACCAAUGUCCAGGAGGUCUUUUUGAUCGACCGCAAGAACGACUACUACCAGGUCGAAGGUCUCGUCUUCCCCCACCAUAUGCCCAACCUGCCCGAGGUGGCAAAGGCUCGCGGCAUGCGCAACCACACGCUCAUGGACGGCGAGCUGGUCAUUGACACGUAUCCCGACGGCCGCAGGAAGCUCGUCUUGCUCCUCUUCGACCUCAUCGUCAUCGACCGCGAGCUGCUGGCGGAGCGCCCCCUCAGCAAGCGGUACGGCCGCCUCAACACCUUCAUCCACCCGCCGUAUGCCAAGUUCCUCCAAAAGAACCCGCACCUCGCCGCGCGCCAGCCGUUCGAGGUGCAGGUCAAGAAGAUGGACCUCAGCUACGGCAUCCAGACGGUCUGGUACGACGUCGUACCCAACCUUAAGCACGGCAACGACGGCCUCAUCUUUACCUGCCUCAACAGCGGAUACGUCAUGGGCACCGACCCCAAGAUCCUCAAGUGGAAGCCGCCGUCGGAAAACUCGAUCGACUUUAAGCUGGUGCUGCGCUUCCCGCCAGACCUGGCCCGCGAUCCGCGCGGCAACCUGCCGGACCUCACCAGCCUGCCCUUUUUCGAGCUGCACCAGUACCUCGGCAGCGACGGGCGCGGCGGCCCGGGGGGCGACUACGACUUUUUCGACGAGCUGUGGGUCGAGCCCGCCGAGUGGGAGGCCAUGGUCGAGAGCGGCGAGCAGUUUGACGACCGCAUCGUCGAGUGCGUCUGGGAGACGGACCCGACGCCCGCCACCGACAUGUACCGCGAGCGCGGCCUGCAGCUGCCGCCGCGCUGGCGCAUGAUGCGCAUCCGCGACGACAAGCACCACGGCAACCACCACUCGAUUGUCCACAAGAUCCUCAAGAGCAUCCGCGACGGCGUCGAUGCCGAUGAGCUCGUCGCGAGCGCCGCCAAGAUCCGAGCAGCCUGGAAGUCGUCGGAACGCGAAAUGCUCAGGCAGAAACUCAACCAGGCGCCUUCCUCUUCCUCCUCGUCCUCCCUCCCUUCUGCUGCGGGGGCUGUCACUGCGGUUCCUCUGCACGACGGUCCAGGUCCGCACGGCAACGCAGUCGGUGCCACGACGACGACGACGACGACGACGGCGACGACGUACGAUCCGACGAUACCCUUUGGCGGGCUGGCCUAUCUCGGCGUGCGCGGUAAAGCUCCGCCCGUCUCGAGCGCCGGUGCCGCCGCGUCGUUGGGACUCGUUCGGCGCUGA